AUGGCAUCCGGUGACGUGAGCUACCCUGAUCCCAAUGGUUCCAGCAUCAAAGAUGCUGUGACUCAAGGCCCUGUCGUCGAUCAUAUCAAAUCCGAGGCAUCCCGUGCCGGUAACGAGCUGCGCGAUCUCCGUGCCUCGUCUUCUUCGCCAUCCUCCACCACUGCGACCGGACAGCCUCUGACUUACUACCAUUCCCUCCUCUAUAAUCUUCUGAGUUGGGAACAACCUCGUGCCACCGCCAUUUCCUAUGCGACCGUCGUGACCUUUAUCUUCGCCGCCCGGUAUCUUCCUCUGCUGCGCUGGUUCUUCAAGUUCCUUUACGUGACUCUGGGUUUCACUGCUGCGGCCGAGCUUGGUGGUAGGCUCGUAUUCUCGCAAGGCCUAGCCAGCUCGUUCCGUCCCCGUAAAUACUACACCAUUCCGAAGGAUACUCUGGAGGGGGUUCUGGCCGACUUGGAGCAGCUCUUCGACUUCCUCCUCCUUGAGUUCCAGCGCAUUCUGUUUGCCGAGAACAUUGUCCACACUGUUGCUGCGUUCAUCUCCGCGUUCUCCGCCUACUGGUUGAUCAAAUGGCUCCCACUGUGGGGAUUGUCCCUGAUUGCUGUCAACAUUGCCUACUUCGGUCCCCUUGUGUAUAUGAACAACCAGGAAGUCAUUGAUGCCCAUAUCGCGAACGCCCAGGAGGUCAUCAACACCCAGGCCAGCCAGCUGAAGGGUCUUGCCGAGGAGCAGACUUCUCAUGCGACAGGUCUCAUGAAACAGUAUGUGGACGACUAUAGCGCCAAGGCUCAGGAGUACAUUACCCCCCGUCGAUCUGCGUCACCGGGGAUGACCAAGGCCGCCAGCCCCGUGGUCAAGCAGGAGCCUACACCCGAGACGGCCGUCAAGGCGUCCGAUUUCCCGGAAGCCCCUAAGCAGGAGCCCGUCGCCGAGGCCGGCGAGGCCGUCCCUACUCGUGAACCCCUUUUGGCCUAA